AGAUGGGGCUGAGCGUCCCCAGGAGAUGGGCUGAGCAUCCCCAGCACCCCGGGGGUACGAGACCCCCCCCAAGGAGGAGGGUUUAGGGGAAGGGCCCCUGGUGCUGGGGUGGUUGGUACCCUGCUCCCAGCCUCGAGGUGCAGCCGUGGGGAAGGGGCAUCUUCCACUCGAGAGCUGAAAGAGGACGAGGAGAUGCUGAAGGAGGGUGAUGGGAGGGAAGGGGGGGUCUGGUCUGUCCGCAGGCACCCGGCUCCCCACCGGCCACGGCUCCGCGCUCGGGGUCGGUCUCUCCUGACCUCCCGGUGAGCGAGGGAUUGCGAGCCAGGGAGGGAUGGGAUCUGCUCGAGCCUCUGCCAAGAGCUGGCUCCGGAUCCGCAGGCAGCUCCGGGCUGCAUUUCCCCUCCGGCGCGAAGCGGAGCCGGGGUGUCCGGGGUUCACUCCUCGCUGACACCGAGCCCCGAGACCCUCACCCGCAGCCGCGGGGAGUCCCAUCUGUGCCCCCCAUCUCCCGCCUCCGCCGACCCCCAGCUCCUCGCCCGGAGGAAGGGUGCGCGUAGCGUGCAUCUCCCAUCCACCGAAAUCUAUGAUCAGCUCGGUGUGUGUCUCCUCCUACCGUGGACGCAAGUCUGGGAACAAACCACCCUCCAAAACAUGCCUGAAGGAAGAGAUGGGCAAGGGGGAAGAUUCGGACAAGAUUACCAUCAAUGUAGGGGGCACCCGGCAUGAGACCUACAAAAGCACCCUACGGACUUUGCCGGGCACCCGCCUGGCCUGGUUGGCCGACCCCGAUGCCCAGAGCAACUUUGACUUUGAUGGGAAAAGCAAUGAGUUCUUCUUCGACCGUCACCCUGGGAUCUUCUCCUACGUGCUCAACUACUACCGCACCGGGAAGCUGCACUGCCCCGCGGACAUCUGCGGACCCCUCUUCGAGGAGGAGCUCACCUACUGGGGCAUCGAUGAGACGGACGUGGAGCCGUGCUGCUGGAUGACCUACCGCCAGCACCGCGAUGCUGAAGAGGCCCUGGACAUCUUCGAGAGCCCCGAGCCUGGUGGAGGGGCUGGCGGAGAGGAACCCGAAGAGGAAGGGGGUAGGGAGAUGGCCCUGCAGCGCCUGGGCAUGGAUGACAGGCCCCCAGGCGCGGCGGGGGCUGCCGGAGGGGCUGGCUGCUGUCGGAAUUGGCAGCCCAGGAUGUGGGCGCUCUUUGAGGAUCCCUACUCGUCCAAGGCGGCAAGGGUAGUUGCUUUUGCCUCGCUUUUCUUCAUCCUGGUCUCCAUCACAACCUUCUGCCUGGAGACACACGAGGCCUUCAACAUCGACGUCAACGUGACGGAGACCCUCGUGGUUGGCAACACCACGACCAUCCUGCUGACGCAUAAAGUGGAGACGGAGCCCAUCCUCACCUACAUCGAAGGGGUCUGUGUCCUGUGGUUCACCCUCGAGUUCCUGGUUCGCAUCAUCUGCUGUCCAGAUAAGCUUCUCUUCGUUAAAAACCUGCUCAACAUCAUUGACUUUGUGGCCAUCUUGCCCUUCUAUCUAGAGGUAGGUCUCAGUGGCCUGUCCUCCAAAGCUGCCCGGGACGUACUGGGCUUCCUACGGGUGGUCCGUUUCGUCCGGAUCCUCCGGAUCUUCAAGCUGACCCGGCACUUUGUGGGUCUCCGGGUGCUGGGCCACACACUCCGGGCCAGCACCAAUGAAUUCCUGCUCCUCAUCAUCUUCCUCGCUUUGGGGGUCUUGAUUUUCGCCACUAUGAUCUACUACGCCGAGCGGAUUGGAGCCAAGACGUCCGACCCCCGUGGGAGCGACCACACUCACUUUAAGAACAUCCCCAUUGGGUUCUGGUGGGCUGUGGUGACCAUGACGACCCUGGGCUAUGGCGACAUGUACCCCAAGACCUGGUCGGGCAUGGUGGUGGGGGCUCUCUGCGCGCUGGCCGGGGUGCUCACCAUCGCCAUGCCCGUGCCUGUCAUUGUCAAUAACUUUGGGAUGUACUAUUCAUUGGCCAUGGCCAAGCAGAAGCUGCCAAAGAAGAAGAAAAAGCAUAUACCCCGUCCAGCCCCGCUGGACUCCCCGACCUACUGCAAAUCCGAGGAGAACUCCCCCCGGAACAGCACCCAGAGCGACACGUGCCCCUUGGCGGUAGAGGAGGGGGCAACUGAAAGGAAACGGUCAGACUCUAAGCAGAACGGUGAGGCCAACGUGGUGCUGUCAGAUGAGGAGCAGCCGCUGUCACCCACCGAAGAGGAGAAGCGGCCCAUGCGGCGUUCCAGCACCCGGGAUAAGAACAAGAAAUCCUCCACGUGCUUCCUGCUGGCCACAGGCGACUUCUCCUGUGCGGCGGAUGGAGGCAUCCAGAAAGAUACCUGCCAAGACGUCCUCUCUUCCAGUUACCCCCAGGGUGAGGUGGUCACCUUCUCCUGAGCUCUGGCUGGAUGCAGGCAGCACCUCGGUGAGGGAUGCUGUCCCUGAGGGAUGCUCUCCCCAAGGGAUGCUUUCUCCAAGGCAGAGGGAUGCAUACCCUGAGGGAUGCAUUCCCCAAGGUGGUGGGAUGCUGUCCCUGAGGAUGAGGGAUGCUUUGCCCAAGGGAUGCAUUCCCCAAGGCCAAGGGAUCCAUUUCCCAAGGCUCUGGGAUGCUCCCUCUGAGGCCAAUGGAUGCUCUUCCCAAGGCUGAGCAAUGCAUUCCCUGAGGGAUGCUCUCCCGGUGGCCAAGGGAUGCAUUCCCCAAGGGUGAUGCUCUCACCAAUGCUGAGGGAUGCUCUCCCCAAGGGAGAUGCUCUCUCCAAGGACAAGGGAUGCAUUCUCCAAGGGAGCUGCUCUCCCUGAGGCUGAGGGAUGCAUUCCCCAAAGGAAAUGCUCUCCCCAAGACUAAGGGAUGCUCUCCCCAAGGAAGAUGCUCUACCUGAGGCCAAGAGAUGCUCUCCCCAAGGCCGGGACAUGCAUGCCCCCAGGGAUGCUCUCCCAGAGGAGCUUUCCUUGCCCACCACAGAAGUCCAAAGCUCCAGCCACCAGCUCUGUGGCCGGGCCAGGGGGUCCCCCACCAAGAGGUGCUGCAGAGCCAUGGGACCAGGUCGGGGUGCUGGGGGUGGCCUCGCUCCCCUGCCUGCUGCCAGCCCUGCCACAUACACGCUGCCCAUGUCCCCAGUGCACCCCCAGGCUGCCCCCUGCCCCUUGCCCAUUGCUUUCGGAUGCACCUCGCUCCUCCGGCUCCAGAGCCUCACUGGGACAUCACCAUCCACGCUCUGACCCCUCCAUUGUCACAGAGCUGCUGGGGACCCUUCUCUGGGGCUUCGAAGGCUCCGUUUGAGGUGCCAUGAGCAGGUGGCUGCCCCAUCACUCCCUUCCCAUGGGUGCUCACCCCAAGGUGCAGAUCCCAGAGGAUGAUGGGGACAAGCGGGUGAGCUGGGGCACAGGGAUGGGGAUGGGGAGCGAUCGGUGGUUGAGGUGGGGUGAACCCGGCUGGCCUGGAAGGGUCAGUGUCUUUCUAAUGCUGUUACAUAUCUCUGUGAUCAAGGCAAUACUACUCCCGUUUGUCUGUCCUGUUCGCAUGCCUCUACCUGUCCAACCGUACUAGAGUUCAAAUAAAGACAUCCGCGAGCUGAGUCAGCUCCUGUA